UGACUUCUUUACAAUUUCAGUCCCCCAAUAUAUUGUUCUAGGUCUGCCUCUGUUCAUACAGCCACCCUACUGCCAACCUGUCUAUCACAGUUCGAGAUUUCCAGUACAACUCUCAUUCAAAAACUCGAGACACAUCAAAAUAACACCGCUGCCCAAAUGAGAAUGAGACAAAGGAAGGUCUCUACAAAAGCAUCUGACGAUGAUGAAAAUAACGAGAAAUUCACCGCAACAAACUAUCUACCCAAGAACUUUUCACCAUCACUGAAGAAAAUCUUUGUGCUAUGUUUGGUUACACGAAUGAUCAACUCAUUAUUAGUUCAAACAUAUUUCAACCCAGAUGAGCAUUGGCAAGCUCUUGAAGUAGGGCAUCGCAUCGCUUUCGGGUAUGGGCAUCUGACAUGGGAAUGGAAAAAGGGUAUAAGGACUUACUUGCAUCCGGUGCUGUUUGCAGCUCUUUAUAAAGUUCUGGCCUUUUCCCUUCUUGAUACCCCUUGGUUCAUG